UAAGUCACACAUUAUAUUAUAUAUAUGUCAAGUCUUCAUAGGUUAGGUUAGUAACCCUUGUGUGACUGCGAGCAAUAUUUAUCUACCGAAAUAAAGCUCUCCAAUGGUGGUAAAAGGAAUGGAAGAUGAAGUAAUUCCUCUCUUGGAAGAAUAUAAGCCAGUUACUAAUACAAGUGAUUGUGAAAAAGGCAUGAAAGAUGGGUUUGUGGAGAUGAAAGAAUCUGAUGCAGUGCACACAACUUCCAUCGUCGCCAAGAGUAGGCUCAAAGAUCUGUUAAUAUGCCGUAGGAACAAAACUUCCAUUGUCGCCGUGGUCUCGACAAUACUAUGCUUGCUAUUGGCUAUCUUCCCUGUACUAAAGAUAUCAUCAGAUGGUCGUAACUUUAUGGCGAAAUAUGAGAAUAUCAUCAUGGUCAUACUCGUCCCUCUUGUUUUCUUUAUUCAAUUAAGGCUGGCGGAUAUUAGUUCAAUGAGCCCUGUUGACAACAGAAUCUUUGGGAUCUUAUUCAUAAUUUUGCUAUCAAAUGCAAUUUCAGUCGUAGAAGUUGGUUUUUUCUCAUGGACCGCUGCUAGCAUCAUUUUGAUCGUUUCGGCCAUGGAGUGAUGACUCGAUAAUUUGGUAUAUUUUGAUGGGUCAUGUGCAUAGAUGGUGUAGAAAUCUAUCAAACAACUUAAAUCGACUUGUUGAAGCGAAUUGAAAAUCGAGAUAUGAGCAAUUUGAAAGGUGGUUUAGUUGGAGAAGGGAGUUUUUCGUCUGGGAGGAUGCACUUCUUGAGGAUCUGAUGGAGGAUUUGAAUGGUUUUGGUUUUGUGGAAGAGGAGGAUCAUUGGAAGUGGAGGUUGGAGGAGGACGGAGCUUUCUCGGUCAAAUCAAUGUAUUCAAAAUUGGAAACAAGGAUGGUGACAGUAGCGAAUUCUCAAGGUGUUGAGAGGAGGGUGUUUUUGCAAAUUUGGAUGAGUAAGGUCCCUUCUAAGGUGGUGGUUUUUUCUUGGAAACUUCUCCACGAUAGAAUUCCUACAAAGACCAACCUUGCAAUUAGAAAUGCUCUUCCUGCAGAUAGCUCUCAGGUUUGUGUUUUGUGUAAUAGCACGGCUGAAGACUCUAAACAUCUGUUUUUGCAUUGCGAAGGGACAUCUGUUAUCUGGCGCAAGCUUAUGGACUGGCUGGACUUUAAUUUUUUAAUCCCCCCAAAUCUGUUUAUUAUGUGGGAAUGUUGGAUUGGAGCUGUUGUCAAUAAAAAGAUUCGGAAGGGUGUGAGGCUUAUUUGGCAUGCCACCAUUUGGAACAUUUGGAAAGCAAGGAAUGACAUUGUGUUCAAUAAUGCGACUUUAGACCUUGAAGCUCUCUUGGAAUCAAUUAAGGUAUUGUCGUGGAGGUGGUGUUUGGGUAGAUUGAGCUUGCCAGCUUGUUUGUUUUACGAAUGGAAUUGGAAUCCGAAGAAUUGUCUGUUGCGUUGAGGCUGUGUCAAGGGGUUGGCGGGGGAGUUUUGUGUGGUUUUGUUGCAGUCUGCGUGCUACUGUGUUGUUUUUUGUGUUCUGUUGGCAGGUUGCAGCGCGCUUCUGUUAUGCUGCAACUGUCUGCGUUUUUUAGGUUGCUUGGUUUAGGCUCUUCAGCUAUCUGUUUUGCUGUUAGGGGCUGUCUGAGUUUUGUUCCUGCCUUUUGUUUGGCUUCGGAACUUAGGAGGUUUUUUAUCGAGUUUAGGGGGUGGCAGUCUGUCGCCUUUUGUAAUUGUGCCUAUUUGUACUCUUUUUCCUCCGUGCGGGUGAAGUGCUCCUUGCGCUAACUAGCCUAAUAAAUUUGCUGAUUCA